CAUGACAGACAAUACUGGUCAUAUGACAUAUCACCUUUUAUGUAGGGGUUUUCAGUGGAGAGACAGCAGUGCGAACCAGGAAGCCAGGAGAUAAAAUUGCAGCACAGAAACUGUGAACAUAUAAAUGUUUUCUCCCCAUUCGUUUCUACCAAGAAUGGGCUUGCCAGGGGUUAUUUUUGCAUUGGCACUCACCACAGUCGCCACUGCUUUGGACAAUGGUUUGAUGAGGACCCCUCCUAUGGGAUGGUUGGCAUGGGAACGAUAUCGCUGUGACAUUGAUUGUGACAAUGACCCCAAGAACUGCAUCAGUGAGGUGCUUUUCAGGGAUAUGGCUGACAGGUUGGCAGAGGAUGGCUGGAGGGAGCUGGGGUACGAUUAUAUCAAUAUUGACGACUGCUGGUCCUCCAGGAAGAGAGACGAACAGGGGCGGCUGCAGCCAGAUCCCAAAAGGUUUCCAGGGGGAAUUCCAAAACUGGCACGCUAUGUUCAUGACCGUGGAUUGAAGUUGGGCAUCUACGGAGACCUGGGGACUCACACCUGCAUGGGCUACCCUGGUACCACACUGGACAAGAUUGACACAGAUGCACAGACGUUUGCGGACUGGGGCAUCGACAUGCUCAAACUGGAUGGCUGCUACUCCAAUGCCACAGAGCAGGAGAAGGGCUACCCGCUCAUGUCAAAGGCUCUGAAUGCCACAGGGCGUCCCAUUGGCUAUUCCUGCAGUUGGCCUGCCUACCAGGGUGGGCUUCCGCCCAAGGUGAACUACACACAGCUGGGCUCAAUAUGCAACCUGUGGCGUAACUAUGGUGACAUCCAGGACUCAUGGGAUAGCGUGCUGAACAUUGUGGACUGGUUCUCCAACCAUCAGGACAUUCUACAGCCUGUCGCGGGCCCUGGCCGCUGGAAUGACCCUGACAUGCUGCUCAUUGGGGACUUUGGGCUCAGUGUGGACCAGUCUCGCUCUCAGAUGGCUCUGUGGGCAAUCAUGGCCGCACCACUUUUCAUGUCCAAUGACCUUCGAACUCUGAACAGCGAAGCACGGACCAUCCUACAAAACAAGGGCGUCAUUGCCAUCAACCAGGACAAAAUGGGUGUCCAGGGCAGACGCAUUCUGAAGGAGAAGUAUGGCAUUGAGGUAUACUGGCGCCCCCUGUCAAACGCAGCCAGCGCUCUGGUGUUCUUCAGUCGCCGGACUGACAUGCCGUAUCGAUACACAACCUCCCUGGGGAAACUGAACUACACUGCCGCCAGCUACCAGGUGUAUGAUGUGUUCUCAGAAAAGGUGAUGCCAAGACUGAGCGACACCACCGAUUUCACCAUCUCCAUCAACCCCUCGGGAGUGGUCAUGUGGUACAUCAUUCCUCCAGCGCUCCUGGGCCAGUCUCAGAUGGGGGGUGGCGAGUACCCCAACUUCCGGCGGAAGUACAGAGUGUCGCAGCGAGGUGGUGUGGGACUGCCCUUUUCACUGUAGGGGCGGAGCUUGUUCUCCUGAGUGCUUGUGGAAAACCAGUCGGUCAAUGUUUACAAUCAGCCAAACGCUUGAACCAUGUGGGUGCUGGAGCUUAUGAUCAUAAGAUGAUUGUGUGCAUGCUUUUAAUGUUUAUAUUGAACUGAGGUACCACGGGUAACUGGAAAUCCACAGCAAUGCAGCGAUGAGGGGGGAAUGGUGAAGAAGUAAAUAAUAUCUCAGAAUGCCUGGCUGACAUAUGAGCUGUGAGAUGAAAGGUGCCCUUUUUUCUGCUAGCAGAAAAUGCUAAAAUUUCAGUUCUAAAAUUUCCGCCAGUUUUAACUUUUGAUCUUAAAAUGUUUUUUGUUUGUUUUUACUAUGACAAUCAAAUUUGAGGGACGAUUUAAAUGAUUAAAAGCUUUAUUAAAAUA